GUCGACCAUUUGCCAUUCAAUGGAUUGAUAUUCCCGUCCCCCCGUGUCAGUCACCCCACGCAGAAGCGCACCAAACAACACCCAGACCAUGCAACGCGAUGCAAGCGGUCCACAGUACACCGAAAUAACGCAUUACACAUUCCCGACUCGACUCCCCGCUCUCAAUCUGCCCCUUGGCUGUGCGUUGAGCUAGUGGGUGUUGCCGGCCUUAUCUCCUCCACUCGCCAUCGCCAUGCCGCCACCACCCUCUGACAUGCACACACAAUGGGAUGCAUAAUCCACCCAAUUGAAUCCACAAGCCGUCCAUCCGUCCACACAUGCUCACCGUUGGCAUUGUCUGCUUUGUCUGUCGUCGUGUCUGGGUCGGUUGUGCUGCUGCCGUGUGUCAGCCGACGGACUGCCAUCAUCGAGCCCGCUGCACUGCCGCCGUUGUCCCCCUCCCCCCCCGGGGUCUGCAAGCUUCCAACCGAUCUGAUCUUCCUCCUCGGGUGAAGUGUGUUCAUGAGACGAAUGUCCAUCUAGAGCGUCACAUGUAUGUACAUGCUGCAGCCUCGCUGCCAGAAAAAGCUAGCUACACCGAGAGAGACAGAGAAACUCACAGGUACCCUCAGCGCCCCGCCCACACAGCGAUGCAGACGCGCAGAUAGAUAGACAGACAGACAGUCACCUGAGCGUCAGUCUGCUUCAGACUUCAAUCAAUAGACGGCUUGAAGCCGUUGUCAUAGGUCGCUGCCGAGCACUUGUGUAUUCCAAGACCUCCGAUCUAUAAGAGAAAUCCAAACCUGAACACACGCACACACGCACACGCACACGCACACGCACAGGGCUGUGUCUGUCUGUUCAUGGCGGUCUCCAUUGCCCUGUCUGUCUGUUUGUUACCUCUCUCUAGACACUUCGCUACACAGGCAGAAUCUAAACCACACAUGACACACACAGAGACAGACAGACAGACAGUGGCUGAGUCCAUCCGGCUGGCCUCUCUUGGAGUGUGCAGAUCGAUCAGAGCUAGUUGCUCACAGAAGGCAGACACCCACGUUUUGAAAACGUUUUGAAAACCUCGAAGUCCUUGUCUGAGCCAGGCGGUCUGCAAGCAACAGCCAGACAGAACCCAAAUGCGCGCGCAUAGCAUAGUACAAACACAAAAAACAGACGUACACUGCUUACCUCUUGCCCUGCUGCAGGAUUUGGACAGGAUGGCCUCAGUGUCGGCCAACCACUGCAGAACCUCCUCGUCGGUCGGCUCCUCGUCGGUCGGCUGACCGACCUCGCCCCAGAAGCGCUUCUGUGCACACACACACACACGCGCACCAAAGACACACACACACACAUAUACUGAGACCACGCUGCCGAUCUCUGCUGCCUUACAAAUAUGGCGAACAUGUCAUCGAAAGCCUCGACGCCGCGUUCAAGCUUGAAUCGGGGCGUGACGGCUGGAGGUGCCGCAUCCGAAGGGCACAGACGUCACGCCGACGAGCCGACUCUCUGGUGUGGAGAACGCCGGUGUGGCAGACGACGACACUGCCGCUGCUGCUGCUGCCAGGGAGAGAGCGGCGACGAACGUGAACGUCGGGAGGCGCAUGGAAGGACCAUAGAUCAGCAGCAGCGGGAUGAAUCCUCAAACUUGGUGCUUACAGAUCUUCGAGGACGUCACCGUCCUGGAUGGUCACAUUAAUGUAGGGAUUCUUCGACCUCAUUCUCGAG